AUGUCGGCAGCCGACGACCGGUCGUCCGCCCCAGAUGAUCUUUCAAGCUUGGAGAUAAAGUCUAAAGUCUCGAAGCAGGAUGCCGCUGAUGAGUUGGACGAGUUGUAUCUUUUUCCUCACCUACAGCAGACAGACCGUCCUGAUCCUGCUGUAGAUAUUCUGGCAGGAGAGAGGUCCGUUUCCCCAAAUGUUGGCGACUCUCGUCAGCCUUUGAAUACUGAGGGAGUUUUCACUGAACCAAAUACGGCGGAGAAACGUAUAUCUCCUAUAUGCUGGGAUCGAAACAGUGAGAAGGACUCAGUUCGUGUUGACGCUCCUGAGAAUGAGUUUUCAAAGGAGGCUGAGGAAGAGCAGUCGCAAAAGAAUUCAGUUCAUUCCGAAUCAGUGAGUGAGAAUAAUGGUGGAGUCUCGGCGGAAAUCAUGGAUCCUGACAUACUGACGGAUUAUGACCAACUUUUCAUAAAUACGAAGUAUUUUCUUAUCAAGAGUAAUAACUACGAAAAUGUUGAAAUCGCUAAGAAAAAGAAUGCCUGGUCAACACCUAUUGGCAAUGAGAGUCGACUUAACAGAGCAUAUUACGAUUCAAACAACGUCAUAUUGAUUUUCUCGGUUCGUGAGAGUGGGAAAUUCCAAGGAUUCGCUCGUCUUGCAUCACCAUCUGAUCCCCGUUUGCACAUCGAUUGGGUUCUUCCUUCAUCCAGAAUGUCUGUGAAUGUGUUAAGCAGUCCUUUUAGACUUGAUUGGGUCACAAAACAGGAACUUCCGUUUACUAGUGUUUCUCACCUAACGAAUUCUUGGAAUGACGGUAAACAGGUUAAAAUAGGUCGUGAUGGUCAGGAGAUAGAACCUGUUUGUGGUCAGGCGCUGUGUCGGCAUUUCCCGCUGGAUUCUAUGGAGUCCAUUCCUGCAAUUGUUCGCAAAAUUGAACCGAAGAAACCUAAGUUAAACGAUUUAUCUCGGCGUCGCAAUGUCACGGACCGUCUUGGCGCUUCUCAAUCGCAUAUCCCUUCGUCUUCAAGGCGAUCCAAAGACUUGGGCUUUAACAACCCUAACUCUAUCGGUCUUCUUGGUGCCGCUACCACUUCUUCGCGUCCUACAAUCCCUCCUUUAAUGUCCUCUUUGAACCUUGCCACUGCGGCAAUGUCAACCGUUGCUGCUAUGGCUGCAAUGAAAUCAAACCAAUCUCGAGGCUCUCUGCUUCCUACCACGGAUAUCUCGAGAUUUAUCACACCCAACGCAAAUAUUCUUUCCCACCUCUUACCUCAGGCUGUUGGCACAGAAUCAGUGACGCUUUCCGCUCUCUACUCUUCUCACGCACCAGCCAUUAACAGGAUUUUUCAGCAGGAUGGUGUUUCGCCAAAACGGCAACGUAGUCGCGAACGGCACCGUUCGCCCAGCAGCCAUUACAGCUCUGCUGGGCACCGUAGUGAUUCAGACUACCGUCGUAGUCGCUACGACCGUCGUGAUUAUCGUCAAUCUGACGAGUCCUCUUGUCGUUAUCGUUCGAGAAGACGCUCAUUUGUAGGACGUCGGAUGUCAAGACGGAGUCGUGACCGUUCUAUUUCGCCAUCCAGAGCUAGUGCUUUCAUCCACUGGAACUACGAAGACUAUCUCCAGGAGGUUCGACGUGGACUCAAUCCGAAUCUCAACUCUCUUAUUAACGGCAACAUCCAACACCGGCAGCAAACUGCAUCCGAUGCAGAUAGACAGUUUAAUGAAAGUGUUGACGCAUUUUUGCGCAAUACGAUUACAAAAUCAAGUUCUCAGCGCUCUAAUGAUGGUUAUGGAGACUAUGAAGAGGAAUCACGCAGUCGUUCAUCCUCCAUCGAGCGUCACCACCGUCGCCGUUGUGAUCGACGCAGUCGGCAGCGAUCUUACGAGGACAGCAGGCGGUAUGGGGGAGAUGAAGACGGUAGAGAUGGUCGCAGCUACUACUCGCGAAGACGCGGUCGUUCCCGCUCUCGGUUCUACUAUGAUGAUGGCGAGGGCGAUGACUAUAGGGAAAGGAUAGAUAGAAUGUCGAACAGCGGUUGUGUCUAUCGAUUUUCUGCCUAUCCGGGGGGUGGCGUCCGUAGCGAAAUUUGGUUGGACGGUGCCACUUUUGCACUGAUGGAGUUUGUUAAGUCUUCUCCUUUUAGGAGACUUAUUCCGCGUGUUCAGUUUUACAGUGAGCCUCCUACACAUACGAUAGAAUUGGAACAGUUAGAACAACUCGCUACUGAGCGUCUCAAAGUGUUGAGGUGCAUUGAGGCUGUUGGUCAGGACUUGAUACGAGGUAGUAAGGAUUACGAUCAGAGACUGGCUACUGAACUACCCAAGCUGGGAUUACUGGGGAAGUCUUUCACUUUAACUUCAAGUCAGCUCAAAAAUAUCGCUGAGGAUAUUCAUAGAGACGUUACCUCUCAUUUUAUACUCCAGAUUGCUUACUGCCGCAGCGACUCAAUGCGCCGAUGGUUUAUUCAACAGGAAUCGGACCUUCUUCGUUAUCGAUUUAAUCUAGAAAGAACCUCUUCCGGACAUGAUUCUGAAGCUGUUCGUGAAUUCCUCCAUGUAAACAAUCUUCAUUUUUCUACCAUCAGUCCAGACGAGUCAUUGCGUCUUCGGGAUCAACUUCGUGCUGGCACUGUCAUCUAUGGUGUUAAUGCAGAUUGUGCAACUUUUUACAGAGUGCACUUCACGGAGGUUCUAGAUCUUGUUCGUAGACGUCAGGUCUUUCUCAAAGUCGGCUAUGCCUACGUCCCGGACGUUGAAUUAGUUACGCUUGUGGUGACCCGCUUCCGCGCCUCUCUCUCCCGCAGUCUCUCUCGCCUGGAUCUUGCUCUUGUGUCCCGCUUGGCAGACGAAGGUACACGUUUGUUGCCUCUACUCACGAGCAUUUCUAAACGCUACCUUGGUGAAGACGACUUCGGAACAAAGUCCGCCUUCGGCGCCGUCUCUUGUAGCCAGGUGAACGAGUUGGCUCGAGUUCCCGGUCUUUUUCCACCCUGUAUGUCGCGUUUGCAUGAGGCUUUAGUUGCCAACCAUCAUCUCCGUCACUGGGGUCGUAUGCAGUAUGGACUAUUUCUGAAGGGAAUAGGUUUAUCAGUGGACGAAGCGCUGAAAUUUUGGCGAAACUCAUUUGCACCGAGGGUUGAUUCGGACCAAUUUGCAAAACAGUACUCUUACAGUAUACGCCAUAACUAUGGUAAAGAGGGAAAGCGGGCGGACUAUACUCCCUACUCCUGUAUGAAGAUCAUUUCAUUCAGUCAGCCAGGCACUGGAGAAUUUCACGGUUGUCCAUUUCGCCAUUUAGAUUUGGAUUUAUUGAGCCAACGUCUAGCUUUUGGUGGUAGAGUAUCCUCCGAUCAAGUUGAGGCGGUCGUUAAACGAGCCAAGGAUAAUCAGUAUCAACAGGCCUGCAGGGAGUUCUUUAAAAUUUUACAUCCAGAUCUAUCACCAGAAGAUGCAGCUUCAGUGGUGAUUAUCCACCCAAACCAGUACUACGAGAUGGCUCGAAAGGCCGAUAGGGGAAUCCCGUUGUCAUCAAGCGGAGAGUCAGGAACCGCGUCUCAACGCGCCAGCGGUACAAAGUGGUGUGCCAUGAAGGUUCCAUUGAAUGACUCCCGCCUAGCAAGUCAGGGUCGGUCUGUUUUGGGCAAUUCCAACAACGAUGAUGAAUCUUCGGAUAUUGAUUCCGCUAGAAUACUCAAAUAG